AUGCCUGCUUCAUCGGAAGAUCGCUUACGCGUGGCUGCGGUAAUAAACGCUUUGAAGACAGCCGGAGUCCGUGUGAAAAACUGGAAAAACUUUUUAAAUGGAGCAUCCACUCAAGAGGACUCGUAUAAACAGGCGAGCCGCUGUAACUGGUUUGCGUUUGGUCGAGACCUCACCCUGCUGCCACAGUGCCAUAUGCCGGAGAUGGGGGGUGCAGUGCCACAGUUCCUGGUGGACGCCUGUGAGUUCCUGUCCCUGCAUCUGCACACGGAGGGUCUCUUCAGGAAGACCGGCUCUCUCAGCCGCAUCCGCACUCUCAGGAUUGAGCUGGAGCAGGGGGAGCCAGUCUUCUCCCCGCCUCUCUCCUCCGCCCUGCAGCCCUGCGAUGUGGCCUCCCUGCUGAAGCAGUUCCUGCGGGAGCUCCCCUCCCCGCUCAUCCCACUGGAGCUGCAGGGGGCGCUGUGCCGUGCUCAGGGGUUAGGGGCUGAGGGGGGCUGGGUGGGAGGGAGAGACGGGGUCACCCUCCUGGUCACGGCCCUGUUCCCGCCCUCCCACGCCCGCGCUCUGCGCUACUUCUGUGCCUUCCUGAGGAGAGCUGCUCAGAGGUGCAGUGAAAACCGCAUGGAAAUCGGCAGCCUGGCCCUGGUGAUCGCUCCCAACCUACUGCAGUGUCCAGCAGGGGGCUGCAAGCUGACCGUGGGCACAGAGAGACUGCUAGACCGACAGGCCAGCGUCAUCAAGGCACUCAUCACUCACGCUGACCGCAUCGGAGUGGUUCCCUUAGUCGUCAUGGAGGCAGUAUCGUCCCCAGCCACAUCAGGUGGCACCGCCCCCUCAGACGAAGGGGCCGGCUUUCAGGAGAGGGCGGGGCUCAACGUGUACAGAAGCUUGAGACGGCAGAGGAGGCGAAGUGUGGGAGAGAUGUUUGUUGAUGCGUUCAGCAAGCUGAAGACAGGAGGGCGCACUCCCACUGGCCCUUCCUUCUCCAUCUGCUCUACCACCCCAGGCCAACAGGUGGCAGUCAGUCCCACACCUCAGUCUCCUAUCACCACCAAACGCAAAGCCUCUGAAGACACUCUCCCGGAGAUAGAAGGCUCUGCCAAAAAGAGAAGAUCAGUCCAUGACCUAAGAGAGGAUAACCAGCCAGUGAGUCACUCCUGCUCAGACGAAUCGGAAUCCACGCUGAGUCGUAGCCCCACCCCCAGCCUGACCUCUGUCCUAUCGGGGGUGGAGGGCGGUGAGGAUCAGAAGCCCCCGCCCCCUUCGACCGCCUCAGGCAAGAAGAGGAACCAGAGAAGGGACACCAGAAGAGUGCAGAGGAUCCCCGGCCAGGAGGAGCGAGCCCAGCGGAGGCGGAGGUCCCUGCGCUUCUUCACCAUGACGGGCUGGAGCGGCCCGAGUAAUACUGCCCCAUCACCUGGCAGUGAGGCUGGCAGUGGAUCGUUGGGUGCUAAAGGGAUGAUGGACAACCCAGACAAGCCGUCCAGUGCUGGGGGGAGCGGCCACUUUCGGGCUCCUGUCAUUCUUAUCAAUGGCCCAGGAGGAGUGGUGGUGGGGAAUGAAGUUGAAGACGACCCAGAUCUGCUCAACUGCAGCUUCGUUGAGAACCCCCAAGACUUCCUGCCUCUCGACACUGUGGGGGUGGGGAGCGGGGUGUGGCCUGAAGAGAUGGACGGAAGGGCUGAGGGGAAGAAUGGGGCCAGUGAUUGGAGGGCUACGGGCAGGGGGCCUGAAGCAGGGAUAGUAGUAGUGGGGGGGCAGUGGGCGGAGCCCAGUGUGUCAGUAACCAGCAGAGAGGGCGGGACAGAGCCGGUGGGGGCAGAGAGAGAAGAGAGAGAGUGUCCAGGUGAGGAGUGGCGUGAUGUGGGUGUUUAUCGGAGGGUCAGUCAGGGUCACCGCCCUCCGCGACGCUCCAUCAGCCUGCCGGAGGUCACCUCAGAACAGGCGGGGAGUCCCGAGGAGGUGGAUGAGGUUAGAGAGUUCAGUAAUGCCCACCAGUGCCCCGGCUUUGUACAGGACAACACAGAGGGUAGACCCCAGAGGGGCACAGAGGGCAAAGAAGAAUAUGUGAGAGAGACAGAGGAGGAGUGGGAGGGUGAGGAGGUAAAGAAGGAAAGGAGUGAGAAGGCAGAGGAGAAGAGACGGGUGGCGAGAGAGAAAGAGGAAGAAGAGGAGUCUGCUCCAGGUUUCACAAGGUCUAAUCAGCGCAUGUCUGUGGCGGAUCGCAUGUGGCGCUUUAACGCGCUGUCUGCUUGGCUGCGGCCCCCCCGGCCUCCGCCCCUCCCCCCUGCGGCCCCGAAGACUGCUGAGCGGGCGGGGGCUCCCAAAGGCGCCGUGCGUCUGCGCCGGCAGGGGGCGCGGCGCUUUAGCCGCUCCAUCAGUCACGAGGGCGUGGCGGGGUUGCUGCAGGGGCCCAACGCUCCCGCACCACUGCAGCCGAGGAGAAGGAAACUGUGGGACACGCCCCCGAACCAGCCACGGCACCCUCCUCAUCAGCGGCAGCACGGGCAACAGCAACAGAGCGCAGAGCGGAGCCGGCCUCCACGCUGCCUGCGAGAGCCAGGGAGACCGCGAAACCAGGCUGAGCUGCAGGAGGAGAACCUGUCUCAGAAGCAGAGUUAUCUGUUGCAGGAGCCGGAGAGCGUGUUGCAGGAGCCAGAGCUGCACAAGCUGUUAGAGGUGCAGCUGUGCAUACGCCAUCCGGAGCCGCAGCUAGAGAAUGAGCCUCCGGCACUGCCACCAUCCCAGCCAGACAUAUCUCAGAACUCUCUGCGUUUGACCCUGCCUCCUUCCCAACAGGAUCUCCCAGCCAGCGUGAACACUCGCACUACUUCACCGCCAGAAAAUGGCACGGGUGUGUACUACAUGCUCCCCUCCUCUGUGGAUGGCCUAACUGAGCUGGGGAAUGGAGGAGAUGAUGGAUGCCUUUCUUAUUCUCCAUUGGCAUUGCAGUUCAGGGCCACUAGGCGGCGUUACCGAGACUCCCCCCGCUGGCCCAUUCCUGAGAUCCGCAUCACCACCUUAACUCCUUUCCAGCUCUGA